GCUGCGCAGAGCCUCCUCCUCCUCCUCCUCCACCUCCUGCAGCUGCUCUCCUCUUUCCCGUCGUUCUCCUGCAGCUCCUCACUUCUUCUCUGCAGAUUCAGCAGCUCCUCAUCCCUCAGCUCACAGUAAGAACCCUCUCCUCCUCCUCAGACAUGUCCACUAAGGUCGCGGUGGUGACGGGCAGUAACAAGGGCAUCGGCCUGGCCAUUGUCCGAGCGCUCUGUAAACAGUACCAAGGAGUCGUGUACCUCACGUCCCGAGACGAGGGGCGGGGCCAGGAGGCCGUGGCGUCUAUGGCCUCGGAGGGACUGAAGCCCAUGUUUCACCAGCUGGACAUCAACGACCUGAGCAGCAUCACCGCCGCCGCCGCUUACUUCAAGGACAAGUACGGAGGAGUGGACGUCCUCGUCAAUAACGCUGGCAUCGCAUUCAAAGGGGCUGACACCACUCCUUUCGCGGUCCAGGCGGAGGUCACGCUGAAGACAAACUUCUUCGCCACCAGAGACAUGCUGACUCACUUCCUGCCGAUCGUCAAAGCCGGAGGCCGUGUGGUGAACGUCUCCAGCUUCGUCGGCCAGCGCGCCCUGACCCAGUGCAGCCCGGAGCUCCAGAAGCGUUUCCGCAGCGAGGACAUCACUGAGGACGAGCUGGUGGGACUGAUGCAGCAGUUCGUGGACGCCACCAAGAAGAACGAGCACAAGCAGGGCGGCUGGCCCGAGACGGCGUACGGCGUGUCCAAGACCGGCCUGACGACUCUGACCAUGAUCCUGGCUCGUCAACUGACCAAGGAGAGACCGAGCGACAAGAUCUUGCUGAAUGCCUGCUGUCCAGGAUGGGUGCGCACCGACAUGGCUGGAGAUAAAGCCCCCAAGUCACCAGACGAGGGCGCUAUCACUCCGGUGUACCUGGCCCUGCUGCCGGCCGGAGCCACCGAUCCUCAUGGGAAGUUUGUCUCUGAUAAGGAGGUUCAGGCCUGGUGAGGGGGUUCAAUGAGUGUGUGUGGGUGUGUUGGGUUUGAUUCCCACAGUAACGGUGCAUUCUUUUUUAUAUUUGCCUUUGGAAAAUUCAAUUUGUUUUCCUAAAAAAUAUUUUCUACAUCUUAAAUAGAAAAAUGUGCUUUAACCAGGAAAAAAAAAGUUCUGAAAACAAUAAAAAGAUUUUUGGGCAAAAAGUUCUGUUACAUUCUUCUUCAUUAAAACAUCACAUAACUAUUGUCAAGAUAUCGACACAUGUGCUUAUAAUAUAAAAUAUCCUGAUGUUAGUUAACGAACAGACAUUAAACAUGUUAGAAGUCAAAUGAACAAAGCCGACUGGGCCAAAAGGACACAGAAACACACACAGACACACACACACACACACCAGUGUAACAUUUAAGUUUGGUCGAUACAAUCACAGAAUAAACACAAAAGCAGAAAAGAUGUGCUUUCAUGUUUUAAUUGUACGUAAAUAAAGUUUCUUAUAUUGAUUAUAAA